AUUUUGUAUGAGAUUGAAGCGACCUGUCGCUUGCAACUUCGAAAAAUGACAAGUGUCAAAUUUGGAAAAUGACAUAAUUUUGGCUUUAUCUAGUUUACAGAGAAUUUAUUUUUGAAAGAACAGAAUCAUGUAACAACUUGCCAAUAAAGGAAUUUCAAGCCUUUCUCAGUCAGUAUGGGGAUGAAGGAUAGAUCACCAAAUGACCACCAUGGCCUUCACUUGCCACAUGGUCUACACUUGCCGGAUGGAUUACAUGUUGACCAGAAACUAAAAGAACUAAAAAGUGCUGUGAAACCUAAAGCAGAAACUGUGAAGAAAUCACUCAUCUCUGUAUCAUUCCUUACACUUGCUGUGAAAACAUGUGCUCUUGUGAUUUUCUACUACAUUUUCUCAAUUGGACUGACCUUUUACAACCAAAGGUUCAUAAAGCAUUUCAAUUACCCGUUGUCUUUGACAAUGGCUCAUCUUGUAACAAAGUUUAUGCUUGCUGCACUGAUUCGAGUAUUAGUGGAGUGGAAGACAGGUGAACCAAGGGUUACAUUGCCUUGGGGAAUGUUCUGCAAGCGAAUAGCACCAGCAGGAAUUACAAGUGCAGUAGACAUAGGCCUAUCUAACUGGAGUUUUGAAUUCAUCACUGUUUCAUUGUACACAAUGUCAAAGUCUACAGCUGUGAUAUUUAUUUUAUUUUUUGCUCUUGUGCUUCGGCUAGAAAAAUGGAGAUGGUCACUUGUGUUGGUUGUGUUAUUUAUAGCCACAGGAUUGUUCAUGUUUACAUACCAUUCCACACAGUUUAAUGCAGAGGGUUUCACAAUGGUCAUGGUAGCCUCUGUACUGUCAGGUCUCCGGUGGACUCUGGCCCAGAUUGUAACACAGAAAAAUGAAAUUGGUUUACACAAUCCACUUGAUAUGAUGUACCAUAUACAGCCUUGGAUGAUUGUAGGUCUAUUACCUCUGUCAGCAGCAUUUGAAGGGGUCUCAUUAGCAACCACAGACAAUUUUUUCCGCUUCACUGAAUACAGUGUAUUAUUCCGCAAUCUGGGAUUGGUGCUUUUUGGAGCCUGUUUGGCCUUCAUGUUGGAGUUCAGUGAAUUUUUGUUGUUGUCUCAGACCUCUAGCCUGACUUUAUCUAUAUCAGGAAUAUUUAAGGAGUUAUGCACCCUUUAUCUAGCUCAUAUAUUCAAUCAUGACAAGAUGAAUAUAGUGAAUGGUAUAGGACUGGUGGUAUGUCUUGGAGGAAUAGUUCUGCAUGUUAUACUCAAAGCUGUUCACACUAGACAAGAUUCACUUGGCAAGGGGGUAAAGCACAUAGAAGAAAUGGAGAUGUUGACAGAGGAUGGCUCUGCAAAUAUAAGUGACGACAAUGAUGACGAGGAAAUAUUUAAUGUUAGGAACAAUAGAUAGCAGAAGAAUGGACAGUAUUUAUUUUUGUAGGUUGGAUGAUAGUCAUGAUCAGUUUAUUUACUGGUAAUAUUUUCAAGCUUCUUGUAGUCGGGAAGAUUUAUGGAAGUAGAUCUUUACCUCCAGCUAGAGGCAAAUUCUUACCAGUGGUUCUUACAUACGGGAACAAGAUUUUAAUUUGGGUUCUGAUGGAAAAUGAUGAUAACUUUUUUUAAAAAUUCUUUGAGUUAUGACAGUUUUCCAUUCAGGCUUAGUAAAUAAAUGUAAAGUGGAGGAGAAACAGCGGCAAAUCUGUUGUGUUUUGUUGUAGAAUGUUUGUACAGUUUUGUUUAAAUUUUCUGUAAAUUUGGUUAAGAUGAUUGAACCUUUAUGUGACAAAAAUGCUUUCCUAGUCAUGUAAUCUAACAAAAUGUUUUUUUUCUGCUCAACCCCAAGCAUGUAGGUUUGAGCUCUACUGCAGUCAUCAUGACCACAUCUUCUGUGACACCAGAAUUGGUUUGUCCAGGAAAAGAACUCAAUAGUGAUUUAUAUAUGCUUCAAACUUGCAUUACAAUUGAGCUAAAAUAAAUAAAUAAAAACUAACAAGAUCUUAUUUUCUUAAAAUUAAUACUUUGAUACUUCCUGACAUACACAAAAAGUUUGUGAUAAUUCAGGAAUUUUUAUAUGAACUAUACUUCUUGAUAUGGCAUUAGUCCGAGUGAAAGUUUACUACUUACAAACAUGUAUGUUAAAUGAACAUAUAACUGACCUGUUACUGUAAUGUUACCAGUUCCUUUAGUAUUUGGUUUAUGCAUACUUAAUAGGUCUUAAAUUGUUACCUCACCUUAUAAAUUAGAACUUAAAAAACAAAUAAGAUCUUCACUAAAUUUUGUGCAUAUAUUUUGUGUUUUCACAGCAACAUUUAUAUCAGUUACUAGUUAACAUGAUUGUAUUUGUCCUUGCUUAAACAAAGUAGUUUUGUAAAAAAUAUCAGAUGUGGUAAUCUUUCAACUAGAGGAGGACAUACCUCGUUUUGAUAAAUAUUUUGUGAUACUUAAUGAUAUCUUAUUAGUACAUUACAUAAAUUACUCUCAAACCUGCAUAUAGCACCCAUUGGAAAAUAAGAAAUAUUGUUCUUGUUGACAGUUGGUCUUUCAGCAUAGUUUAAGUUACACUAUUUAUGGUUAAAUUGGAAGAUUAUAUAGGGGUCUUCAUACACAAGUUAUAUCGCAGAAGCCUUCAUUCAGAUGUGGUAUUUAACCUAUGUUUGACCUUACAGCUUAAUUCCUUAUAUUUUGCAUCAAAUUCUUGUGUUUCUAAUAAUAACUAGUUUCUACAGAUAUGUAUUUCACAGAGGAGACAAGGUAAAAGUUUUUUAUUGAAAAAUUUCUGCUUCAGUCUCUCUGAAUUACAUUGGUUUUUUUGCCUUAAAGUUGCUAAACAUCAGACUUUGGACUUUUCCAAAAAUCUAUAGGUAUUCCUCCUUAAUAUUAUCCAGGUCUUAACGUAACCUUUGUUCAGUAGAUAAACUAACCAUAGAAGUUUGCUGCAUUUUAAUGUACAUAAUUUUGAAUAGCAAAAAUAGGGUUUAGGAGUGCUAUGUAAAUAUACUUAUUUAAGUUUAGUUUAAAAUAAAUGAUAAAAAAUCAACACAUGUUGUACCCAUUCAAAUAUAAAAUCUUGUCCUCAGUACUGAAUAAUUUAUUCAUUAUCUGCAACUUCAUUUACUCAUAAAGAUUCAGCCACCCAAUAGUCAAGUAAAUUGUGUUUAAGGUUGAUCACUAAGUAAAAAUUUCAUGUAUUGUAGUCUUAAGACUUGUAAUGAAUUAAAGCCAGUAUGUCUCCACAAUUAUGUCAAAAUUUAUUUUUAAAAACAGAACUAAAUGUGUAUAUAAUAUUGAAAACCGAUGUAAAUUAUGUAUUUUCUAUUUCAUAAGUAAUCAAUGUUGAAUCACAGUGUAUAUAGUUGAAAUUGAUAUUAAGUCUUACUGUAAAGUAAAUAAAAAUCCAAUUGAAGUAAAUCAUGACCAUAUGACAAACUAAUUUAAAGAUUGAACUGUUCAUCACAUUUUUUGCAGGCUACUUUAAGCUGUUUUUUUUCUCUUCUGAAAGUACAGGCACUAACACUGCUGUCUAGUGUCAAUGAGUGUCACAUCUGUUUGAAGCAACAGACUGGAAUCAUUAAUAUUAGUGACAGGUUGAUUUUCAUGGAUUUCGUGGUUGGGUCAAUCCACAAAAGUUCAAUCUCAAGGAACCCACAAAUUUUCAGCUAACGCAGCUUUAAAAUAUGAAAUCCACAAAUUCAUUUCCCCAAGAAAUAACCAUUUUCGCAGAGAUCAAGAAAGUUAAUACCAAAAAAAAAAAAAAAAUCAUUUUACAGUAUUAUUCAACAAUUACAAAUUAUUAUUUUUAGUUCAUAAAAUGUACAUUGUAUGACAGUUCUGUAUUUUUAGGCAGGAUAAUGUUGAUACCAGGCCAGAUUAUUUUCAGCAUUAUAU